UCCUUUUUCUUCUUCUCAUAUAUACAUAAUUGUUGUUGUCUUCAACUCACAAUAUAUAUCCAUUCUCUUCUUUCUCGAUUUUCUUCAUUACUCUUACUCCCAACAUCAUCAUCAACAACAACAGCGAAAGCUUGUUUCAGUGUUUUGUUUUACUAAGGAUUUGGAUUAUGUGCAGUGGUUCAAAGAGUAAAAUUUCUUCAUCGGAUUACGCCAUGGAGAGUAAGCUUGAGAAGGGUAUUCACAACUCAUCAGUAUUGCUUGAAUUGGCUGCUGCUGAUGAUUUCAAUGCUUUCGCACGAGAAGUGGAAGAGAAGGGUUUGGAUUUGAAUGAAGAAGGGUUUUGGUAUGGUAGGAGAAUUGGGUUGAAGGAGAUGGGAGCUGAGAAGAGGACUCCGCUCAUGAUUGCUUCUUUGUUUGGAAGUAUUAAGGUGGUUAAGUAUAUUGUUUUGACAGGAAAGGUUGAUGUUAAUGGAGUUUGUGGUUCUGAUAUGGUUACUGCUCUUCAUUGUGCUGUUGCCGGUGGUUCGGAGUCAUCGUUUGAGGUUGUCAAGCUUUUGCUUGAGGCUGGGGCGGAUGCCGAUUGUGUUGAUGCUGGUGGGAAUAAGCCGGUUGAUUUGAUUGUGCCUGCUUUUAAUGCUUUGUUGAAAUCGCGUAGGAAGGUGUUGGAGCUGUUUCUGAGAGGUGAGGUGAGUGCCGAACUCGUCCAAGGGGAGAUGGAUGUUCCUUUGAAAAAAGAUGGUGGUGAUAAGAAAGAGUAUCCUAUUGAUAUAUCGUUGCCGGAUAUAAACAACGGUGUAUAUGGAUCGGAUGAGUUUAGGAUGUAUAGUUUCAAGGUGAAACCGUGUUCGAGGGCUUAUUCUCACGAUUGGACUGAGUGUCCUUUUGUUCAUCCAGGUGAGAACGCAAGGAGGAGAGACCCAAGGAAAUACCCUUACAGCUGUGUUCCUUGCCCAGAGUUUCGCAAAGGUUCCUGCCAGAAAGGCGAUUCUUGCGAGUAUGCUCACGGUGUUUUUGAGUCAUGGCUUCAUCCUGCACAAUACCGAACAAGGCUUUGUAAGGAUGAAACUGGCUGUAACAGAAAAGUAUGCUUCUUUGCUCACAAGCCUGAAGAGCUUCGUCCCGUGUAUGCUUCCACUGGGUCCGCUAUGCCCUCACCGAAAUCUUAUUCAGCUAGUGCACUUGACAUGACAUCGAUGAGUCCGUUGUCUCUUAGUUCUUCAUCUAUGCCUAUGUCAACCGUGUCAACGCCGCCCAUGUCUCCCUUGGCAGGUUCAUCGUCUCCCAAGGGCGGAAACUUGUGGCAGAACAAAUUAAACCUCACUCCACCAUCGUUGCAGCUCCCCGGUAGUCGGUUGAAGAGUGCUCUGAGCGCCAGGGAUCUAGAUCUCGAGAUGGAACUGCUCGGUCUAGAUAGUCCUCGCCGUCAACAACAGCACCAACAACAACAGCAGCAGCAAAUGAUUGAAGAGAUUGCGAGAAUCUCUUCCCCAUCUUUCCGGAGCAACGAAUUCAACAGGAUUGUUGAUUUGAAUCCAACUAACCUCGAUGAUCUAUUAGCAUCUGCUGAUCCUAAUUUACUAUCUCAACUACAUGGACUUUCCAUGCAACCCUCAACACCCACACAACAAAUGCAAUCUCCAACUGCCAUGCAGAUGCGUCAAAACAUGAACAUGAGCCAGAACAUGAACAUGAACCACCUUCGCGCUAGUUAUCCAUCCAACAACACACCUUCCUCUCCAGUAAGAAAACCCUCAGCAUACGGAUUUGAUUCAUCAGCUGCCGUGGCUGCUGCAGUGAUGAACUCCAGGUCUGCCGCCUUCGCAAAGCAACGCAGCCAGAGUUUCAUUGACCGCGGCGCAUCAACUCACCAUCUCGGGCUUUCUCCACCUUCCAACCCUUCCUGCAGAGUCUCCUCCGGCCUUUCAGAUUGGGGUUCCCCCACCGGGAAACUCAACUGGAGCGUAAACGGAGACGAGCUGAACAAGCUAAGGAAAUCAGCUUCUUUCGGGUUCAGAAACAACCCGGCACCAUCAACUAUAUCAUCCCAACAGAGUGAGCCUGAUGUCUCUUGGGUUAACUCAUUGGUCAAGGAUGUUCCUUCUGAGAAUUCUAACAUGUAUGGUGCUGAGAAGACGAGACAGCAGCAGCAGCAGCAUCAACAGCAACAGCAGCAGUACGAUCUGAAUAGAGAAAUGCUUCCACCAUGGGUGGAGCAGCUGUACAUAGAGCAGGAACAGAUGGUUGCAUGAGUGAAAUGCAACCAUGGCAAAGGAAAGCUUCUUGGUCAUUCUGACAGUAUUUUUUAUUUAUUAUUUUAUUAAUUAAUUUGGACAUUUACUGUUAUCCAACAUUUACAUAUAUAGUAUAGUUAGUGUCAAAGAACAAAGUUCAAGUUAAUCUUCCAGAGAUUUGAAGAGUCCUUGGAUGAAGCAAUUGUGCUGAAUUUUUUGUUGUAUUAUAUAAUUUAUUGCCCUCUUUUCUCUAGUGGGUCAAUCAAUGUAUUUUCUUUAGCAAGGGAACAAAGUAUUUGUCAUUGUCAUUGUCA